AUGGCUGCGCAAGUCCCGGCCGCCCUUAAAACGGCCGACAUCACCGCAUUUGCUCAUCGAGCGGCGCAGCUGGAGAAAGUGAAACCUAUAAUAGCUUAUUGGUGUAACUAUUGGAUUGUGAAUCAGAUCCUGUCCAAAGGUUUACACAAUGCCGAUCAAGAAAGCCUUACCUACACCACCACGUUGAUGGACAAACUGGAACGAUUCAAAGCCGAAAACGCCGAGGAAGCCGCUGUCUCUGAUGAUGUUGUUGGGAAAGCCUACGUGGAACAAUUUGCAUUGGAAACACUAGAAAGAGCGGACAAUGCAGUGAGAGCAAACAAAGCUACCAAGCAAACAGCAGACACAUUUCGAGCGGCGGCCACUUUCUUGGAGCUUCUACAGAUUUGGGGUCCUCUUGAUGGAGAAAUUAGCAGCAAGAUAAAGUACGCAAAGUACCAUGCUGUAAGGAUAGUCAAGGCCAUCCAAGCUGGAGAAGAUCCCAAUCUGUCCAACCCGAAGCCAGAGCAGCCGGCCGGAGAAGCUCUUCCUCCCUUGAACCCCGACGACCCUGAAGUACAAGCUCUCGAAGGCGACAGCAGGAAGUCGAGGCAGCCAUCCGUGGUCGAGGUCCCCGACGAAGCGGACCAGACGCAGAGGAGCCUUGCGCAACGGUCGUCGCUUGAUGAGUCUCUUCACCCCUCGCGAGACACGUCGAAUCCUCCACCAGUACCAAAGCAGGAGCGUCAACCAUCUGUUGUCGAGAUUCCAGACGAGGCGGACCGAGUACAGAGCUAUAUCGCUCCUCAGUCGAUAAUUGAUGAAUCUCUUCAUCCCUCCCGAGAACCAUCUGCACCUCGGACGCCGACAAAUAAUGUCUCUCCAAUAGUGCCAGAGGAUGCGGCAUCAUUCUACAAGACUCAACCCGGCCCAUCCGAUAUCUCGCUACCGGAGGCCUCCUCAGCCAGGAAGCCGUCAAUUGGCGGCAAUUACUUUCCUACAGUCCCGUCCGCUGUCGCACCGGAGCUUCCAUCAGCACCCGUAGCCAUGGAUGCUGCUCCGUUUUUACCGUCUGCUCCAACAGAUUUUAGUGGAACACCUCCAGUUCACCCUGACCCAUCAUCCACGUCAGGCCCCAACUCUCUCGGUGCUGGGUCGCCUUCUCCUCCGCCGCACCGGCAUGGCCAGUUCUUGCCACCAUCCGCCCCAGGUCAACCGCCACAGAUUCCACCAAACCUACAGCCUCAAGUCCCGCCGCCUCAGAUUCCUCAAAACCCUCCGCAGCUUCGACAGGCUCACGGAUCAGCACCUCCAGUUCACCAGCCUCAACAGCCUACACAGUCAGCGAAUGUUGUUGUUGAUGAAGAAGCCAUAAUGAAGGCUCAGAAACACGCCCGAUGGGCCAUCUCGGCCUUGAAUUUUGAAGAUGUCCCUACUGCCAUUCGGGAGUUGCAAGGCGCUUUGGCCCUGUUGGGCGCCAGGUGA